GCAUGGGGAGGCAGCCCUGUGCUGGGGCCCGAGGGUGGCCAGGAGCGUCCAAGCUCAGGAAGCUGGAUGUUAGGGGCGGAUCUGAGGCUGGAGAGGGCAGGGCUGCGGGGAAGCGUGGACUUCGAUGACCAGCCGGGAAAUUACUGCGGAAGGCCUCUGCCUGCUAGAGGCUCAGCAGCAGAGGCCAUGGGGCGGGGAUGAGGUGGCUGACUAAGGGUCUCAGAGCCUCCUGUGUCUGAGCAUGGCUCCAGCCUCCCACACCUGCCAAGGGCACUGUCCUAGGCUCAGGACAAGAGGACACCUCAAGUUUCCCAAGCGAGGAGAAGCCUAGCUGCCGCUGCCAACCCCAAACAGCUCUGCCUUAGAGGCCAUUUCCCUGGAGGCCUCCCAUCUGGCCCUCCAGACCCUGGCAUUGUCGCGGGGCCAGCCAGGCCCAGGCCUUGGGGACUCUGCUCCCAACCCAGCAGCCCUGGAAAGGGAGAGGAGAAAGGCAGGGGCCUGCAUUAGAGCCAGUGAAGAAGUUGAUGGCCAGGUGGUGGCUCAGCUCUGGGCACCUGGCCAGCAGUCCUGGGCUGGCCUUGGCUCUGCCGGCAAGCUCGUCAGAUCUGCCCUGGCUUUGGAACUCGGGCUGCAGAGGAAGUGCUCAGGACAGAUUCCAGGCUCUGGGCGACAGGGUGGGGAACCCGGGCCUCUCCCGUCGGUGGCAGGAGGUGGCAUAGGCAGCCGAGGGCACGGUGGAAUGCUGGCUGUCAGGGUGCUAACCGGAGCACUUCCGCUUGCCCAGGUAUUUGGUCCAACCGGCUCUCCUGGCUUCCUGGGGUCAGCCUGGGCAGCGCCUCCUGUGUCGCUGGGUUAAGGUGACGAGUGGGGAUUUAGGGCAGAGGCCAGGUCAGGCCAGCCCUGGAGAGCGUGAGGCUUGGACACACAUGCGUGCGCUUGCUCAUGCCAGAAACGGCUCCCAAGUUCCCACAGGUCACAACUUCUCAGCUGUGUGCUCACUUGCUAGGUGCCAGGAAUCCUGGGUCCAGCACUGGGCGGAGGCACGCCUCAGAGCUGUCCAGGACCAGAAGGCCCAGCCCAACAGUGGCACGGCCGUCUCCUGGGGGAGCCCAGGAAGAGGCAGGUGCAGCCUCUCUGCCUCCCUUGCUCUGCUCCACGGGUGCCCCAGCUCAGAGGUGGUGACAGCUCUCCCAGUCGCCCCUAUCCCCAGAAUGUCUAGCUAGGUUGGAAUGCCGUGGGGACAGCCCAGCCCCUGGCCCCAGGCCCAGCCUGAACUAGACUGGUUUAGAGCUGAAUCAGCCCAGGACUCAUCUCGGGGCUGGGCCCGGACUUGAUCCUGCUGGGAACUCCCCAGGGCUGUCUACACUUGCCCUGAUACCCCUGCCCAGAGGGGUUGGAGGUCAGGGUCAAGAGCCCUCUUCCCCUCCCCUCGCAGACUCACCAUCUCCUGGGAGUCUUGCUCCUUCUGCAGAGCCAGAGCCAGACCCCAGAUACUCAGGCUUCAGACACCUGGGCAGGAGCACCGGAGGGCCUCUCAUAAGCCCCCAGUGGGCAUCAUGUCUGGGGACACCUCUGUAUGGCUCCCAACACCCCCUACAGAAUGUGUUCUCUGUCUCUGCCUCUGUCUCUCUCUCUCUCUCACACACACACACACACACACACACACCCCUUUCCUUGGGCCCGCCCCUCCAGGGCUGCUUCUAGGUCAGGCCUGGGCACACCUUUCUGGGGGGACCAGAGGCAGGCGCUGUGUGCGGCCGCCAUGGCUGGGGGUGUGUGGGGCCGAGCCCGUGGGGCCCCUGUGGGGGCCCUGACCCUGACAGCUCUGGCUGAAGGGAUACGGGCCAGCCAGGGACAGCCCGUGAGACCCCCUCCCAAAGGCCCACAGCCUGAACCUGAGCCAGGACCCGAGGCAGAGCCUGGGAAUAUAACCUCCGUCCCGGCAGCUGCCCCUGAACCCUGCUCCCCGCCCCGUGAGCAGGAGCCAGCCUCGGAGAGACCCCAUCAGGUCCCCCAGAGUUCCUGGGAGGAGGGGCCCCUCGCAGACCUGGCAUUGUACACGGCUGCCUGCGUGGAAGAGGCUGGCUUCAUGGGGACACAGGCGACAGCACUCACCCUGUCCUCAGCCCUGGAAGCCCGGGGGGAGCGGCUGGAGGACCAGGUGCGCGCCCUGGUGCUCGGCCUGCUGGCACAGGUGCCCAGCCUGGCCGAGGGGAGGCCCCGCCAGGCAGCCCUGCGGGUGCUGAGCGCGUUGGCUCUGGAGCACGCACAGGACGUGGUGCGUGCACUGCUGCCCUGCUCACUGCCUCCGGACCGGGCGGCGGCCGAGCUGUGGAGCAGUCUGGGCCGGAACCAGCGUGUGAAUGGGCAGGUGCUGCUGCAGCUGCUCUGGGUGCUAAAGGGCACAGCUGGACUUGAGCUGGAGGCACUGGCUGCCACCUGCGCCCUUGGGGAGAUGCUGGCUGUGUCCGGCUGUGUGGGUGCUACGCGGGGCUUCUACCCACACCUCCUCCUCACGCUGGUCACACAGCUGCACAGGCUGGCCCGGGGUGCACACUCCCCUGACACCCCUAAGAUCUGGGCCCCAUCCCAACGAGGGCCACCGCACAGCCACGCCAGCUGCACCGUGGACGCCCUGAAGGCUCUGCUUACCGGGGAUGGAGCCCGCAUGGUGGUCACCUGCAUGGAGCAGGCUGGAGGCUGGAGGAGGCUGGCGGCGGCCCACACCCACCUGGAGGGCGUCCUGCUGCUGGCCAGCGCCAUGGUGGCCCACGCAGACCACCACCUGCGAGGCCUGUUCGCUGAGCUGCUCUCCCGGCUGUGCAGCGCGGACGAGGCGCAGCGCCUCACCGCCAUGGCCUUCUUCACCGGGCUGUUGCAGAGCGGGCCCACCGCGCGGCUCCUGCGGGAGGAGGGCAUCCUGGAGCGGCUGCGGGCCUGGCAGCACGACCCUGAGCCCACUGUGCCCUGGCUGGGCCUGCUGGGCCUCGGCCACCUCGCGCUGAACAACGGGAAGGUGAGGGGCUGCGCCGGGCGGCACCGGGCGGGAGCGGGCGGGCUGCGCGUGGGGCUCCGAGGUCCCCUGCGGAAGCUAGUGCUGAAGAGUCUCGUGCCGCUGCUGCUGCGCCUGCACGAUCCCAGCCUGGACGCUGCUGAGAGCUCAGAGUGGACCCUGGCCCGCUGUGACCAAGCCCUGAGCUGGAGUCUUCUAGAGGAGAUUGUCACUGUGGCCCACUAUGACAGCCCCGAGGCCCUAAGCCGCGUCUGCCACCGACUGGUUCAGUGGUACCCAAGCCAUGUGCCCAGCUUCCUGAGCCAGACCCAGGGCUACCUGCAGAGCCCACAGGGCCCCCUGCGCCGGGCAGCCAUAGUGCUCAUCGGCUUCCUUGUGCAUCAUACCAGCCCCAGCCACGUCAACCAGGACCUGCUGGACUCCCUGUUCUCUGACCUGGGGCAGCUGCAGAGUGACCCCGAGCCUGCUGUGGUCGCCGCUUCGCAAGUAUCCUCCCAGCAGGUGACGCAGCUGGCCCGGGCGCAGGGCCGUGGGCGGGGCCUGCGCCCCCGGAGUGUGCCCUGCCGCCCCAACCUUCCAAGCCAGGGUCUGGUGGGGGAUACUGUGAAGCUGGCAUAG